AUGACAAGACAGCCAGCCAACUGUCACAGGCGCAAGAAAGUUACCGUGCAGAGCUCGAAGGAAGUUCAGCGGAAGAAAAACAGGCCUGAUUGGGUCAUAUUGUCGUUAUUAGACGAGGAGCAAAUCGCGAAAGAGAAGCAAGUGUCGGGACGGGUGCAAAUUCAUAUUUGGUACGAAGCGGAUCGCAAGGAGCUGAUCGUUUACGUUUUCACGGCUGACGGUUUGUGCGCCAGAGAGGACACCGGAUACGGCACGCAGCCGGAAGCCUAUGCUAAACUGGUCCUCCUGCCGAUUAGUCCUGAUCAGACUGCACUGCAAACGGAGGUCUCGAAGCCAACCCAAGAGCCAUGGUGGAACGCAACAUUAUUCUUCUCCGGGGUUGACGGGGAAACUUUAAUGAAGCGCUCAAUCGAAGUGACUCUCUGGGAUCUCUGUCCCGAUGGUGAACACGUUUUUCUGGGCGAAUGCAACGUUAAGAUACCGGAAGCUCUGGAAAACUUGAAACCGGCUUGGUACAAAUUGGAGGAUCCUCGCGGGCUUCGCGCGAACAAAACGCCCUACUGUUCCCCGCGCAGCUCCUUUUCCAUGGAAAUUGCCCAAAGGUUAUUACGGAAGACGGAAUUGCGCGAAAGAAGUUACAGCGACGAUACACAAAGCGACAGCGGAAGCCCGGAGCUCGGCUUUCUGCAUCCGGAUCACGCUUGGCAUGCAAAUUCCAGGAGAGGCUCCAGCCAGUCCGAGCAAUUAGAAGUCGAACCGUAUGAACUCAACAGAGAUUACAGUAGAUCUUUGCCCGGUAGUCGAAGGAGCAGCUUCCAAAGUCAAGGCGGAACUGAUAGUAAACGUGGAAGUAUGGGAGAGGCCGACAUGCCGACCACAGUUCACUACAGCCGGGAUCGACGGCGAAGCUCGAUCUCCAGAUCGAGGGAUCCCGAAAAAAUCCUCGAAGAUCUACGAAUAUUAAAAGCGGCUAAAAGGGAGCUCGCCAGGACGAUGAGUCUCUCAGGAGGCAAGAGACGGGAGAGCUGGCGGGGUGAGCGCAAAGACAGCAUCAUGAAUAUUCCGGAGAGGUUUCGCAACACUGAAUUAGACGAGCAAGACAAAUGGAGUCAGAUAAUGAGAGACGAAAAUGGCGUUGAUGCAAAGCUGGGUGCCGGACAGGUGCCACCAAAGGGAUACAGGAUGAUAGGAGCUCAAAACGGUGAGGUGAAACUAGGACUCUGCCUAAGCAAGGGAACGCUUGAAGUCGAGGUUAUCUGUGCCAGAGACAUUUGUCCGGGAGAAAAAGAGGAACCAGAUACCUACGUGAAGACGUAUCUUCGAGACGGCGACAGGUGGCUGCAAAAGCGCAAAACCCGAGUGAUACGGCACUCGAGGAACCCGCAAUACCGCCAGACCAUCAAGUACAGCAGCUGCGACGCCCUCGGAAGAAAUCUGCUGGUGAUGCUGUGGGAGAAGAAGCAAACAUUCGAAAGCAAUCAGGGAUUAGGCGGAGCGGAGGUGAACCUCGACGAUCUUCCAUUGUCACAGCUAACCAUGGAUUGGUAUCCCUUGUUCCCGAUUCAUACGCUUGGCACCCAUACCGCGGACUCUCCAUGA